AAAGAAAAAAGCGUCCACGGAAAAACCUCCGUCAAAUCCCUAUACGUUCUUGCUCUUUCUCUCUCUCUCGCACUCCGCAGACCUCCCGGCGGCUAGAGAAGCGAAAUCCUUCUCUCUGUUUCCUUGUAUUUGCUCUUUUGUUCAAAUCGAGAGCAACAGAAGACUUAAUUUGGGAAGUUGAUGGCUUCGAAGUUGCGGCAGUUGCAAUCUAAGGCUUGUCAAGCGUCUCAGCUUGUCUCCAAGCAUGGAGGUGCUUACUACAAGCAGUUGUUGGAGCAGAACAAGCAAUACAUUCAGGAGCCACCUACAGUGGAGAAAUGCAACCUCUUGUCAAAGCAAUUGUUUUACACUCGCCUUGCUAGUAUUCCUGGUCGUUACGAGUCAUUUUGGAAGGAACUUGAUUACGUCAAGCAUAUAUGGAAGAACAGGCAGGAGCUGAAGGUCGAAGAUGCUGGCAUUGCUGCUUUGUUUGGGCUGGAAUGCUUCGCAUGGUAUUGUGCUGGUGAGAUUGUGGGAAGGGGUUUUACCUUCACUGGUUACCAUGUCUGAGAAUAACCACCGUUUAAGGGGUUUGUAUUUGUAAGUUUCUCUUGUUAUUUUGGUGAUCUGAAUCGCGGGAAUCCUGCAUCGAAAUUUUUGUUCUUCCAAAUUUUUGAAGCUGAGAAGUCGGUUGGAAUCUCUGGUAGCAUUAAUAAUCCAUGCGUUUGAAAUAAAUUCUUAUGCACCUUGCUGUUGUUUUGUUAUCUUUGUUGGAAGCUACUGCUGCUGAUGAAUCAAUAUGAUACACAUGUAUUGAUUUGCUGUUUUA